AUGUGUGGUGCUCGUCGCGGAGAGGUGUCGGGCUCGACCAACAUCACUCACGGUCGUGAGGUCCUGCCCACCAACGUCAAGCCCGUCCACUAUGACCUGACCCUCGAACCCCACUUCGAAUCUUUCACCUACGACGGUACCGUCACCAUUGAUCUCGACGUUGCCGAAGAUACUACCUCCAUCUCCCUCAAUUCCAACGAGAUCAAGAUUCACAAUGCCGUCGUGUCUGCUCAGGGUGCGGUGAUUGCCUCCAACCCUGAGGUUACCAUCAACCAGGAACAGCAGGUCGCCACCAUCAAGUUCGCCGACACCAUCCCCGCCGGAUCAUCCGCCCAGCUGAAGCUCACCUUCACCGGAGAGCUGAACGACAACAUGGCUGGUUUCUACCGCUCCUCCUACAAGGCCGCCGAUGGCCAGACCAAGUACAUUGCCACUACUCAGAUGGAGCCUACCGACGCCCGCCGGGCCUUCCCCUGCUUCGACGAGCCCGCCCUGAAGGCCAAGUUCACCGUGACCUUGGUUGCAGACAAGAGCCUGACAUGCCUGAGCAACAUGGACGUUGCUACCGAGACCGAGGUUGCCGGCGGCAAGAAGGCUGUCAAGUUCAACACCUCCCCGCUCAUGUCCACCUACCUGCUCGCCUUCAUUGUCGGCCAGCUCAACUACAUCGAGACGAAAGCGUUCCGUGUUCCCAUCCGCGUGUAUGCUACCCCGGAUCAGGAUAUUGAGCACGGUCGCUUCUCGCUGGACUUGGCCGCCCGGACCCUGGAGUUCUACGAGAAGGCGUUCGAUAACGAGUUCCCGUUGCCCAAGAUGGACAUGGUUGCCGUACCCGACUUCAGCGCCGGUGCUAUGGAGAACUGGGGUCUGAUCACCUACCGUAUUGUGGACGUGCUCUUGGAUGAGAAGACCAGCGGUGCCGCCCGCAAGGAGCGUAUUGCCGAGACCGUUCAGCACGAGCUGGCCCACCAGUGGUUCGGCAACCUGGUCACCAUGGACUUCUGGGACGGCCUUUGGCUCAACGAGGGCUUCGCUACCUGGAUGUCCUGGUACUCUUGCAACAGCUUCUUCCCCGAAUGGAAGGUCUGGCAGACGUAUGUUAUCGACACCCUGCAGGGUGCCCUGUCCCUUGAUUCGCUGCGGAGCAGUCACCCCAUCGAGGUGCCUGUGAAGCGUGCCGAUGAGAUCAACCAGAUUUUCGAUGCCAUCUCCUACUCCAAGGGCUCGUCGGUCCUUCGCAUGAUCUCCAAGUACCUGGGUGAGGAUGUCUUCAUCCAGGGUGUGCGUAACUAUAUCAAGAAGCACGCUUACGGAAACACCGAGACCGGUGACCUGUGGGCUGCCCUUGCUAAUGCCAGCGGAAAGCCCGUGGAGGAGGUUAUGGACAUCUGGACGAAGAAAGUCGGUUUCCCCGUCGUCACCGUGUCGGAGAAUCCCAGCACAUCCACUAUCCAGCUGAAGCAGAACCGUUUCCUGCGCACGGGUGAUGUCCGCCCCGAGGAGGACACCACGCUGUUCCCCGUCAUGCUGGGCCUGCGUACCAAGAACGGCAUCGACGAGGACACCAUGCUGACCGGCCGGGAGGGCGAGUUCAAGGUGCCCGACCUUGACUUCUUCAAGCUCAACGCCGAUCACUCCGCGAUCUACCGCACCUCGUACAGCCCCGAGCGCCUGACCAAGCUGGGUGAGGCGGCCAAGGGUGGACUUUUGUCGGUCGAGGACCGUGCCGGUAUGAUUGCCGAUGCGGGCGCCUUGGCUUCGUCUGGCUACCAAAGCACCUCGGGUCUGCUGUCGCUCCUGAAGGGAUUCGACAGCGAGGCCGAGUUUAUCGUGUGGAACGAGAUCCUGACUCGCAUUGGUGCUCUGCGCGCGGCAUGGCUGUUCGAGGACGCCCCGACCAAGGACGCCUUGAAGGCCUUCCAGCGCUCUUUGGUCAGCAGCAAGGCGCACGAGAUCGGAUGGGAGUUCUCGGACAAGGAUGGACACGUCCUGCAGCAGUUCAAGGCGCUCAUGUUCGGCAGUGCGGGUAUGGCCGAAGACCCGGUCGUCGUCAAGGCCGCCCAGGAGAUGUUCGAGCGGUUUGCCGCCGGUGACGAGAACGCCAUUCACCCCAACAUCCGUGGCAGUGUGUUCAGCAUUGUCCUGAAGAACGGUGGUGAGAAGGAGUACAAUGUGGUCCUCGACCGCUUCCGCAACGGUGCCACUUCGGAUGAGAAGACGACGGCCCUCCGCUGCCUGGGUACGGCCGAAGAACCCGCUCUGAUCCAGCGUACUCUGGACUUGGCCAGCGGUGACGAGGUCAAGAACCAGGACAUCUACAUGCCCCUGGGUGGGCUCCGCAACCACGCCGCGGGUAUUGAGGCUCGUUGGACGUGGUUGAAGAACAACUGGGAUGCCAUCUACAAGCGUCUGCCCCCGUCUCUCGGUAUGCUGGGCACGGUGGUGCAGCUCAGCACCGCCAGCUUCAGCACGGAGCAGCAGUUGAAGGAUGUGCAGGAGUUCUUCCAGAGCAAGGACACCAAGGGCUUCGACCGUGCGGUUGAGCAGAGUCUCGACUCGAUCCGGGCGAAGGUCAACUGGGUCAAGCGUGACCGGGCUGAUGUGGAGUCUUGGCUUAAGGCUAACAGCUUCAGCCGCGACGGUAAGCUGUAA